AUGGGCAACCUGGGAGGAGCCUACAUUGAAAUGGUGGAAGGAGAGAAGGAAAACCGGCUGGUCAUGGUGUUUGACUCCAGUUCAUUUGUAGGGGUUUUCGAGCUAAGGGACAUUACAAGAAGCGUGUUUCAGGACUCCAGAGAGGGCCCCAUUUGCCUGAAUCUGGUAUUUCAAAAGAACUUUUCCAUGACCAUUAAGGAGUUAUCCUGCAGAGAUGCUGAGGAGUUGAAGCUGUUCCUUGGCAGUGGGACAAAACAGGAGCUAAGCAACCCAACCUCCUGGCAAAACACCUGCCACAGGCCAAAGCUUGCGUCCCUGCAUCAGAAAAACAACACAAGUGGAGCCACUGUUCCUGAGGAAACGCCUUCAAUCACAGCCACGUCACCAAGACCCGCUGCGAAAGUGUUCACAGACCCAAAUGACAAAAUGGAAACAGUGCUGACCCCUGACAUCGACCACGGUCAGGGCAUUUUGAAAGAGAACACCUCUGCACACUUCAAGACAUUUGCGAACAAGGACUUAAAGGAUAUGAAGAGCGAGAAGACACAAUUCCUUUUAGAACAUGCAGGAAACACUAUGAAGCCAAACCAUGGACAGUCAUUCAGCACCACCUCCCAGGGAAACUCUUGUCUAGAGAAUAACGUUUUUGCAACUGGGAAUCUCUCUGCAGAAAGAUCUUCGGCAGUCCCAUCAGACCCAAAUCGUGAUUAUCACAAAGAGCCUCGCUGGAAUGAGUCCCAGCUACCUCUUCAGAUGCAUCCAAAGCCAUUUGUGCCAGGUUUCCCCAAUCUGGGGAACACCUGUUACAUGAACGCCACUUUACAGUCUUUGUUUGCAGUUCCAUCGUUUGCUGAGGACUUAACCCACCAAGGAAUCCCAUGGGAGAUGCUUCCCGCAGGAGCCUUUAGCCUGGGCUUGAGCCAGCUGCUUGUGUUCAAAGAUGUGUGUGAUGCACAGACGAAGACAGAGUUUCUGGUGGCUAUUCAAAAGUCCAUUUCUCUGGUUUCUGACAUCUACUCCAGCCGCCGGCAGAAUGACGCUCAGGAGUUUUUAGGGCACUGCUUGGGUCAGCUGAAGGAGGACAUGGAGAAGCUGCAGAGCACUGGCCAGGGAGUCAGGGAGACGGCUGAUGGACAUCCAGAGCCUCAGGUGCUGGCUGCUCAGGCCGCCCCCAGAGGCUUGGCUUGUCCUGUGAGGGCCAAUUUUGAGGUGGAGCUGCAGCAUUCCAUCGUCUGCAAAGCCUGUGGUGCGGUCGUCUGCAAGACAGAACUGAGCAAUUACCUGUCCAUCAGCCUGUCCCAAGAGCAACCAGGAGCGUGGUCUCUCCAAGACUCUCUGGACUUCUUCUUCAGAGCCGAGGAACUUGAGUACAAGUGUGGGAAGUGCAAGCAUGGCCGCUCCUUUGUGAUCCAAAAUGUCAGUCGGCUCCCCAGGGUCCUGAUUGUCCACCUGAAACGCUACAUGUUAAGUGCUUCAGAGCGCCUGGUGAAGGAUACGCAGCCCGUUGGUAUUCCCAAAUAUCUGAGCUUAUCACCUCACUGCAAUGAGGACACCAAAGGGCCUCUCCUCUUGGACAGCCCUGCACACGCUGAGGAACACCCAAACCUGAACGUUUCUCAAGACAUAAUUUCUGGAGCUACCAGCUCACGGGGUGGCUCUGAUAAAUGUAUGGAAAACAAGUCGUCUGCGGGAUCUCACAGAGUCAUUGAGCUUCUCCCGCCCGCCGAUAGGAAGAGACACGAUGAGGACCUUCAACAAGCACUCCCUCCAGAUCUUGGCCAUGCAGAAAUCUGCCACCAGCUGCUGCCCCAAAGCCUCAACAAGGCAGACGCCCUGAAACCCUCAGAGGGGAACCCAGUGAGCUCCACAGGCUUCCGUCUGCGAGAGGACGGCCUGGAUUGCUCUAGAGCAGUGGCUGCUGCUCAGAACCCUGGAAGCAAGGACAACCUAGAAAUGCUGGUCCCCAAAGGGGAAGCCGAGGGUGCCGAGAGGAAGCCAAGGAAGCGAAGAAGAAAGCGAAAGAAGCCAAGAAAUGGUGAUCCCCAGAGUGGACGCCAACAGGAAUCCCCUGAGUGGAAGCCAAGAGGAGUGGGGCAGCCUCGUCAUGCCUACAGGCUCAUCAGUGCUGUCAGCCAUCUAGGGAGCUCCACAGAGUCAGGGCACUAUGUCAGUGACCUCUAUGACUUUGCAAAGCAGGCCUGGUUCACGUACGACGAUCUGCGGGUCUCUCAGACCCAAGAAGACUGGGUGCGGGCGGACAGGCGUCGAGAUGGCUACAUCUUCUUCUACAUGCACAAUGACAUCUUUGAACUGCUGCUGAGAGACGCACAGAACUCUCAGACCAUGAGCGAAGAAUGA